AUGAGCUGGUCUCUGCUCUGGGAGACUGGAGCUCUACAGGGGGGGCUCUAUGGAGAAUGUGAGGGUCAGACCUGGGAUGAAGAGUUCCAGUUUAAAGGCAAUGAGUCCCUUCUCCUGGACUGUGACACCUCAGACAGAAAAAACAACACCUGCCUACCUGGUAAUGCUGUUGGACUCACCUGCUCAGAGCCUGAUGAUGUGAGGCUGGUGGGAGGAGGCAGUCGCUGUGCUGGUGGAGUGGAGUGGUACCACCAGGGAGAGUGGAGGACUAUGGGAGCUGCAGGCUGGAUCAAGGCUAUAGCUGCAGUAGUGUGUAGACAGCUGGGUUGUGGCUCCACUGUUUCAGUUCUACCUGGAAACACCACUAGAGGGUCUAGAGUUGACUGUUCUGGGUCUGAGUCUUCACUGAGGGAGUGUUGGAGAUUGUAUUUUCUCCUUCCUGGACUCACAGUGAUCUGCUCAGAUCUCCUGGUCCAGCCUGAUAUCUUCCUGACUGACUCAAUGGGAGGGGUCUCCAGGGGCCACCAGGGGGCCUGAAGUGUUUAGGGGCUACAA